CGGCCAUUAAGUCCGGGGGAGGCAUCAUUCUGGCUCGAUCACACUUCAAGAGAAGAAGUAUUUUUGCGAAGACUUUUGGUAACAAUGGCAAAACGGUCAAACAUUGGCGCGGUGAUUCACGGUGUCGACGAUAUGCGAAUGGAGCAAGUCCCGAUUCCAACGCCGCGUGACAACGAAGUCCUGCUGGAGAUCGAUUGCGUCGGGAUAUGUGGAUCGGAUGUGCACGUACUUUCCCACGGUGGAUUCGGCGAGUACGUCCUGAAGAAGCCCAUGGUUAUUGGGCACGAGUCGUCCGGUGUGGUGAUCGGUGUCGGUAAGGGCGUGAAGCGUCUCAAAGUAGGUGAUCGCGUCGCACUCGAGCCUGCCAUAGGCUGUAAGGUGUGCAAGCUGUGUAAGGCCGGUCGGUACAACCUCUGCCCGGAUGGCAUCUACAGCGCAACUCCACCAAUCCACGGAUCUCUUCAAAACUAUUACACCCACCCGGAGGAUUGCUGCUUCAAGUUACCCCCGAACGUGACGAUGGAGGAAGGCUCGCUUUUGGAACCGCUUGCCGUCGGAGUUCACAGCUGUCGCAUAGCGAAUGUCCAACUGGGCUCAAGUGUUCUAGUUCUGGGCGCUGGGCCAAUCGGCAUGGUCUCCAUCUUGGUAGCAAAAGCAAUGGGGGCCGCGAAAGUUUGCGUGAUCGACCUGGUUCAAAGUAAGCUGGAUAUUGCCAAGGAGAUUGGAGCGGACUUCACGUUGCAGAUUCAGAAGGGCGACAAAGAAGAUAACAUUGUCAAGAAGAUUCAUGGUCUCAUGGGAUGCGCCCCGGAUAUCGCCAUCGAAUGCACCGGUGCGGAGCCCUGUGUUCGUCUGGCAAUUUUGGCCACGGAACUCGGAGGCGUCGUUACGAUGGUGGGCAUCGGAAACACCAACAUGAACCUACCGAUAACGAUCGCGCUGGUGCGAGAGGUAGAAAUCCGAUCCGGAUUCCGGUAUGCCAACGCUUACCCGGCUGCUCUGGCCAUGGUCGCAAACGGAACGAUUGACGCAACACGACUUAUCACACAUCACUUCAACCUGGAGGAUUCGGUAGAGGCGUUCAAAACGGCUCGCUACGGCCUGGGGGAUGCGAUCAAGGUCAUGAUCCACUGUCAACCUCGUAACAAAAAUAACCCGGUGAAAAAGCUAUGAUCCACGAAAUUCCGAUUCCUGUAUUAUGUAGAAGCCCGUGGAAGCUAUAAUUGAUAAGAGAGGUAAUAAAGUGAUUGCGUGUGUCAGGGGAUUGUCUGACUAAUGACUUA